UGCCAUAUGUAGUUUCAGACGUCAGCAGCAGAUGACAAUAUCCAAUAUCCUAACCAAAUAACCAAUUUUUUGUUUUUUUUUAAUUCUUGUCUUGCAAUCUAUGCAAAUAACGAAAGAUAGCAAACGAUAAUCCAAAGUGCUGUUCAUUUGUCCAAUAAGUUUAAGUUCGGCCAUCUCUGCAAUGUCCAAAAUCACAACCCUGCGAGGCCUGAUCCAAGAGCUCCGUUAUGCCAUUCCAGAUUCAGGGCUUAAAGACAACUUAGCUUUUCAAUAUAUUGUAGAACAGUACCGAAAAUAUAACACAACGGAUCAACAGUUGUGCAAAGCCCGGGAAGAAAUGGACUUCAUAGCAAAUAGCUAUCUGUGUUACUUGCGAAGCUCCCGUUUGUCACGGCAAAUCCAUGACGAAUUCCACGGAAAAGGGGAACGAUCUGUUCAAGAUACGGCCAGAAUGGUUGGAUUCAAGCUCCCCCAUGACCCUAAAUAGGUGGGUUCAGUAAACUAGUCUCCAAUGUUGUAUAGUGUUCAUAGUAAAGUGAUGAUAUUCAGACUCAAA